CUUUGUGAAACGGCGCGCGUAAGGUGAAUGGUGCUGAGGACUCCGAGGUAACACAGCAUCUUGUGGACUACAACUAAAAUAUACUUUAGUAAGCUAAUCACGUGCAAUAAAAUCGUUUUCACACAAUCAUCUUGCAAAAUAUGAGGCAACUGCUGGCACAUCAUCGAGAGAAUCCCACAGAGUGCAUGAAGCGACCAUCAGGUGCCGCUGCGGAAAAGCUACCAAUCAGCAUGCGGUACAGACCAGUUGCUGAGGUGGAUCCAGGCUCAGCACACGCCUCACCGUCAAUGAAGCUCGUCGGAAACCAGAAAGUCGACGAUCAGAUACAGAUGAUCCAGCAGUCAGUUGGAAGGCUACGAGCCACUGAAGCUAAACUACAGCACUGUAUUAUGGAAUUCACAGCUAAUACAGGGCACAAUAUUGGCUGUAUCGGGAUGGCACUCGCGAACCUUGGACAUCUUUUGGCGGAACGCCAAUGGCACCUCGAAAGACCCCGAAGGUAUAAAUUGCAACUGAUCGUGUCGGAGUGCAAGCAUAACCCCGAAUUGGAGACCGCAGUAGCCGCUUUUAAUUGUAUCAAUGAACUGUGCUCGGAGCUCAUCCACCAAGGUACCGAUCUCCAAGAAGUGAUUAGCCAAUUUCUCAUUCAAACAAAGGUUGUGAUUGGAGCAGAUAAGACCCGGACGACUGGUGGGCCGUUGCUAACUUCUGGAGCUGGAGCCUACAUUCUCAACCCAUCGGCCGGGGUGAGCCUCUCAGAGGCGGAAAGAGAAAUGAACAGCGUACGCGAAGAGCAAACGAAUAUAAACAGGGCAAAACAACUGGAGAUGGAAGCGAUUCAAGCAACGCGAACUGGACGCAAGUUAUUCAACGAUAUUGUGACGCAGUGCGCGAUACACCUUAUGCAAACAAAAGACGGAUAAACAUAAA